UGCUUUGUUUCUGCUACUCCUUCCACUCUCGCUACUGCUACUGCAACUGUUAAUGUCUGCUACUGCUUUUGCUACUACUCCUGCUCUAUUACUGAUCUUGCUACUGUUCUUACUACUGCUACUGCUACUCCUCUUGCUCUUGCUAAUGCUACGGUUCUGCUAUUGCUACUGCUCUGCUCCUGCUAUUGCUUUUGCUACUGCUACAGCCCUUGCUGGGCGCUUCUGCUGCUCCUGGAAGUACUACUGCUGGUGAUAUUGCUUCUUCUGCUGCUACUGCCCCUGCUACUACAACUGAUACUCCGGUGCUCCUGCUAGUACUCCUGUACUUCUGGUGCUGCUGAUGCUGCUGCUGCUGCUGCUGCUUCUACUCCUGCUACUGCUGCUGCCACUGCCGUUGCCACUUCUCCUGAUCAUCUUCUCUUUGCUACGCUC